ACAUCCAAUGCUUUCAGUAGGGCAGAGACUAUUCCGCUCUUCUGGAUCCUUUUGUUUAAAUCAGUCACGGGGAUUUGUCCGGGGCCGGUGCCGUAUUACACAGAGGCGGAUGGUAAAGCAGAUCAAUCCGAAAACCAAUAGGCUCGAGCCAAAGGUACAAAGAAAAUAAAUCAUUAUGAUCAUAUAAAGCACUGCAAUCGCAUAAGACAUCGACGUACAGUUCCACAUUUAAAAAGUAAGCUUAUGGAAUUAAUGAAAUCGGAGCGAUUCACUUGUGAGACAAAGACGUGGAAUGUCCAUUUCGCGAAAGUUAAAUAGUCUCUAUCUCACUGCACGUAUAACUAAAAACAAGUCGCUAAUGUUUACAAAAACAAAACAAAAACAAUGUAUUUAGCGUACGCUUUCCAGAGCAUUAAAGUUGUAGCUAGCCUAUAAAAAUAAUUGAAAUCAUCGGUCGGAAAAAAAAAAAAAAUGACAUCUGAGAAAGUCUUGAGAUACCAUCAAAUUAUGGUCCAGCUGACAUUAAAAUCCCUGCAACAAUUCGAUACAGUGCGUAUAUCAAGAGUUCGAACAGCCAAUAAUCACGAACGGAACGGCGUGACGUCAAAGUCCCGGUAGAAAAGGCGCGUUGGGUUUGCUCACGUUUGGAGAGGGAAGAGCGCAGGGAACCUCACUGUCUUCACUGGAUUAUACAAACCAAAAGUGUCCUCAACUCCUCCUCCUUCUCAAUCGCUUACAUGCUGAUCCUACUGCAUGCGGGACGAACAACAACAGGCUCUUAACACAGCAAAUGCUCUAUAUGUCAGGACAACCAUCUCAUUUGUUAGAACAAACCUUUGAGGUGAUUUUUUACCCGUAUCCAAUCUGAAGCCUACUGAAGUUGGACAUUUUUGGUGUGUGUGAUGACACAACUGUCGUGGAGGAGGUGAAGAGACGAGGAUGAAGAUAUAACCACUUGCACAAUCUGAAUCGUCACUGUAGUCGUUGCUCCCAGCCAUUUCGGGAUUAUAUAUUUUUAUUCUUCGGCGACGCAAUAACGGAUUGUUUUUGUGUAAUGACCGGCAGCAGCCAUGCUCCAAGACUGAUUUCUGAAAAGACAAGAAAGAAAAACUGAGAUCUUACACUGACAAAUGCAUGUCCAAAAUGUGGUAACUGAAAGUUACUCACGAAGAAAUAGGAGGGUCCAGUGUCACACAUGUAGAGGGGCUUCAGUAGCUGGUAUGUCCUCAAAGCUCCGGAAUGCUCUCAUAGGCUAAACCAAUCAGUCUGUACUGGGUGCAUGCUUUGCGAUCUCAUACUCUGAUGCAUUUAAAAGAAUCUAUCAGAAUACGGAGUUGACAUUUUUGAUAAACGAAUACCGUUUAGACCGAGCAGAUUCUCCAAACGGGAAUUAUUUCACGUGAGAGAGAGAGAGAGAGGUCAUAUGAACUGCACAGGGCUAGAAGUGCGUCUCACGGAAAUCUUGGGUUGCAGAUCUGACGGAAACACGUGCUAUUCGGUCUCAUCUGCGGCAACGAUGCUUUUCCACGGUCUGCCUGGAGGCGAGAUGCAUGGUGUUAUGGAAGAAAUGGAGCGGAGAGGAAAGAGCGAUUCGGCGACUAUCAGCUCGGCCAUAGAUAUGGGGGAAACAGAGACGAACAUGCCUUCCAUCAGCGGGGACCGGGUGGCUCUGUGUGCGGGCUGCGGAGGCAAGAUCUCGGAUCGCUAUUACCUGCUCGCCGUGGACAAGCAGUGGCACAUGCGCUGUCUGAAGUGCUGCGAGUGUAAACUCAACCUGGAGUCUGAGCUCACCUGCUUCAGCAAAGACGGAAGCAUCUACUGCAAAGAAGACUAUUACAGGUUUUCGGUGCAGAGAUGUGCCCGGUGCCACCUCGGGAUCUCGGCCUCGGAAAUGGUCAUGAGGGCCAGGGAUUUGGUGUACCACUUGAACUGUUUCACCUGCACGACUUGCAACAAAAUGCUGACGACUGGGGACCACUUCGGCAUGAAAGACAGUCUGGUGUACUGCAGGCUACACUUUGAAUCGCUUAUCCAGGGAGACUUCCCCACGCAUUUCAAUCACACGGAUGUAGCGCCUAAUAAAGGACUGGGCAGCACGGGCCCUCUAGGACUGUCUUAUUAUAACGGCGUGAACACGGUGCAGAAGGGCCGGCCCCGAAAGAGGAAGAGCCCUGGGCCCGGAGCGGACUUGGCUGCUUAUAAUGCAGCUUUGAGCUGCAAUGAGAAUGAUGGCGAUCCGAUGGACAGAGACUCGCAGUACAGCACCAGCCAGAAGACGAAGCGCAUGAGAACGUCAUUUAAACACCAUCAGCUGAGGACCAUGAAGUCGUAUUUUGCCAUCAACCACAAUCCUGACGCCAAGGAUCUGAAACAGCUGGCCCAGAAAACCGGUCUCACCAAGCGCGUCCUACAGGUCUGGUUCCAAAACGCUCGGGCCAAAUUCAGACGAAACCUCCUGCGUCAGGAGAACACGGGUGUGGACAAGGCCUCGGACGGGUCGACCAUGCCUGGAGGAACACCGUCCGGACCCGCCUCGGAGAUCUCCAACGCCUCCAUGAGCCCGUCCAGCACCCCUACCACCCUCACAGACCUGACGAACCCCACAAUGCCCACCGUAACCUCCGUACUGACCUCCGUGCCAGGCAGCCUGGACGUUCACGAAUGCCGGAGUCCAUCGCAGAGCACCUUAACCAGCCUCUUCUGAUGCUCAGAUCCAACAGACAUUUGCACAACACGAGCACAGUGACACGUCACCUUCUUCUGCUUCCUCAUGGGUGCGGCUUCAUUACCGGGUCUCAACAGCCAUCUAAAUCAGAAAUCGUGCUUGCAAAGCAUAGUUCCAUUCUGACACAACUAGUCGUUCACAUACUACAUCUGUCCGAUACAUAAACCGAUCUACCUGGGCAUCUUUUGUACCUUUGCAGAUGUGGCCAAUCCAGACUUUAUGAAGACUAUGAAUGGAGAAAAACAAGACUUAAGCGGAAAAGAGAAACUCUUUGUUUGGCCACGAGUCUCUUAAGAGUGUUGCAUCAAGUUUCACUAAAGGAUCUGUUGAUAAUAGUCUUUGAAACGACUGAUUCGCAUUUUUAUUUUUCCAUAUGUUUUCCCCAACCGUGUUUACAGAGAGAGACUGAGCUGCAGCUUAUGGGAAAUUCAUUUGUUUGUCAACCUCUUAUUUAUGUUCAUGCACAGGGGUCAGUGUGAGGAAACUGGAUUAUAAUGUGAAUAAUUUCGAGAUGAGAACAGCGAAACUUAGCCUGACUGUCACGUGCCUUAUCCUGCAGUGUAGUCACUGAAGCCCCUUUAGCAAUGCUAAACCAACUACAUGGGAAAAUGUGUAUUUUAAUUUGUCGGAUGAUGAAAAUGGUUGAGUAAAUCACAUGCAAACACACACAUGCUUACAGAGGAAGAGCUGAUCAUAUACUCUCAUUCCAACAUAUUACCUCACUCAGAAAUCACUGGAUCUGAUAGCAGUACGAAUGAAACCUGAGAACACGUUUCAAUCUCACAAGAUGACAAAAUGCACUGGGAGGGAAAAUGGCCGCGGCGAGUUUGUAAGAAGAAAAACCUUGAUCGUCGAAGCUCAUCACAAACAAACACUGAUUUAUGGAAUGAAACACUUUUUUUCCUCGUUUGGUUAGGUGAUUUUUUUUUUUUCUCAACCAUUAAGAUGUGACAGUGUUGGAGACAGGGUAAAUGUUUCCAUGGUAACCAGAGGCUGCUUGUUGAAAUGCUGUACAGUUUUGACAGAUUAUUGAGAAAUUUCGAGUCCACUCCCUGCAGUAUCCCCUUUGA